CAACACCGGCUGAGGCUGACCCAAUGUGUGGUUGUCACUUCCUAAAUUUGAUGAACUUUAAACGCUAAAUAACUCUGUCUCAUCCUUCAGAUACUCCGCUGUGUAUUUGAACUCACCAUUUAAAGCGGUGUGCUGUAUGACGACGACUUGUCAUUCUGUAAAUAUUCUGCCGACCUAAAGUAGGAACUUAACUUCUCCUUCUAGCUAGGCUAACCGCUCCAUGGCACCUCUCCGGGUUCUGUGCAUACACGGUUACCGUCAGAACGGCAGCUCGUUCCGUGAGAAGACCGGAGCUCUGCGGAAGCUGCUGAAGAAACAAGUGGAGCUUGUUUACAUGAGCGCACCGCACAGUGUGCAGCAGGCCAGCAGUGAAGCUCCAGAGAAGGAGAAUGGUUCAGGUCCUGGCCCUGGAGGUGAUGAGGAUCCCAGGGGUUGGUGGUUUUCUGAUGUCCAGGCUCGGAGUUUCAGCGCUCAGCAGCAGUGUGAGGAAAGCCUAGGGAUCGAAGAGAGUGUGUCGUUUGUGAGAGAAGCUUUGAAGGCCCAAGGUCCAUUUGAUGGCAUCCUGGGCUUUAGCCAGGGAGCAGCUUUUGUGGCCAUGCUGUGCUCUCUUCAGGAACAAAAACUGGAGCCAGAGUUCAACUUCCGCUUCGCCAUCCUUGUUGCUGGUUUCCCCAGCGCGUGUAAGGAACACCAAAAAUUCUACAACACUUCGCUUCAGAUCCCCUCCCUGCAUGUGUUCGGACUGGAGGAUCGAGUGAUCCCUGACAACAUGAGCAGGGAGCUCCUCCCCUCCUUCCAAGACCCUCAGGUCCUGACACAUCCCGGUGGCCAUUUUGUUCCUGCCGCAUCUGCUCACAGACAAACCUACCAGGACUUCCUCAAGAGGUUCCAGUGAGUCAAGCUACAAUCUGUGAAUAAGACUCCAGUUCUUAAAUGUGUCCGGGGAAUGUUGAUUAUUUCAUGUUGUGAAAACAUAAUUGGAUCCAGAGGCGCUUUGAGUUCAAACUCAUGACAUUUGGAUCCUGUCUUUCUCUCUCUUUCUGACUCAUCCAAAACAAUUCAAUGAAUGCUGUCCUUCUCAGGGAAGAUGUCUUGCAUCAGACAAUAAAUAAGAUGAUUUAUUUUA